UUAUAUAUUUGCCCUAUUUUUUAUAAUAUUAGGAAAAUAAAAGGUAGUUGCUCGACCGGUCGACCGGCAUGAUUUUGGAUUGAAUUUGAUUGAUUUUACCAUUUCCCUUUCCGAGCGGGAAAAGUACAAAUGAAGAAGGCAAUAGCCAAAUUGAUUUUGAAGAUUCCAAUUCCCAGUCACAUUCGUUCACCAUUUGGCGAGAGAGGACCGUUCCGUUCCGUUCCCUUCCCUUCCGUUGGCGUUGAGCGUUCAAAGACUAAAGUCCAAUUGUGAAAGCACAUUCUUGAGUUGACUGAGUGACUGUUGCCUCCUCGCCUACAUAAUCUCCAUGGAUUUGGCCUUCCUCCUUCCUCACCAUUCCUUCCAAUCUUGUUUACAAUAGGCUCCAAAACAGUCUGCUGCAACCGCCACUUUCCUCAGUCCCCACUCUUUGAUUCUCUGCCGUCGGGGAAUGAUGGCGCAGGCCAGUCGCUUCUUUGAGCUGAACACCGGAGCUAAGAUCCCUUCGAUCGGUCUCGGGACUUGGCAAGCUGCUCCUGGCGUCGUCGGCGAUACCGUCACCACCGCCAUUAAGGUUGGAUACAGGCACAUUGAUUGUGCGCAGGCCUACGCUAACGAGAAGGAGAUUGGCUCUGCGCUUCAGAAGCUGUUUGCUGAUGGAGUCGUCAAGCGUGAUGAGGUGUGGAUCACUUCUAAGCUCUGGUGUGCUGAUCAUGCUCCUGAAGAUGUGCCAGAGGCAUUAAAUAGGACUCUGAGGGAUUUGCAGCUUGACUAUGUGGAUCUCUAUCUAAUUCAUUGGCCUGUGAGGAUGAAGAAGGGCUCCGUGGGGUUCAAGACUGAAAACCUUGAAACCCCUGACAUACCUAGUACAUGGAAAGCUAUGGAGGCCCUCUAUUAUUCAGGCAAAGCUAAGGCCAUUGGAGUCAGUAACUUUUCAUCGAAGAAGCUCGGAGAUUUGCUAGCAGUAGCUCGUGUUCCCCCUUCUGUUAACCAAGUUGAAUGUCAUCCCGUAUGGCAGCAGCCAAAGCUCCACGAGUUCUGCAAGUCCAAGGGCAUUCAUCUCUCGGGCUAUUCGCCACUGGGCUCUCCGGGAAGUAUUAAGACCGAGGUUCUGAAGAAUCCGGUUCUCAACACAGUUGCAGAAAAAUUAGGGAAGACCCCUGCCCAAGUAGCCCUGCGAUGGGGAAUACAAGCGGGGCACAGUGUGCUGCCAAAGAGCACAAACGAGAACAGGAUCAAGGAGAACUUUGAUGUUCUGGACUGGUCCAUCCCUGAUGAUUUGCUUCCCAAAUUUGCUGAAAUUGAGCAGGAAAGGCUGAUUAAAGGUUCAGUCUUUGUGAGUGAGAGUUAUGGCGCGUAUAAGUCUGUGGAACAACUUUGGGAUGGUGAACUGUGAGAACAUAUAGAUCGCUGGGCUUCCUGUUGAAUACUCUUGGGUCUUGUACUGCUUAGUUUUUGUGCUAUCCAGGGGGUGUUAAUAGGGGGUGUUAAAACGGUGUGGUUACCGUGGUAACCAUUUUAACCAGUAGUAUUUGGCUAAUUUGGUUUGGUUAAUUUCUAUAAUUGAUUUGGUUUGGUUAAAAAAUUUAGCUUGUUUGGUUUAGGUGGUUUGGUUUGGUUUCUGACACUCCUAACCAAUCAAACCAAAUUAACCAGUUAAGUAAUUUGCCAUAUAUAUAAUAUAUAUUGUAUACACAUACUUAAUACUUUUGAUAGAACUCACGUCAGAGCGCUACCGAUUGAUUUGGGGAAUUAGGAUAAACUAGGGAUUGAUAU